AUGAGCAAGAACAAAAGGGACUGUUCUAGUCCGAAUGAGAAUCUCGCACCUAUUCGAUCCACUAUGAACGACGACGAUGCCAGUGCCUCAGUUCCAGCAAAGAAGCCGAGGCUUGAAGAAGAAGAAAGAAUAGCAGUAGCGGGUCGCGUUGCCUCUGUCAAACUUCAAAAUUUUAUGUGCCAUGCAAAUCUUCAAAUCGACUUUAACACAAAACAAAACAAUUGUUUCUACAUCGGCGGUCCGAAUGGAAGCGGUAAAAGUGCCUUGUUUGCUGCCAUCAACUUAGGUCUCGGAGGAAGAGGUUCGGACAAUGACAGAGGAAGUACGGUUAAGUCGUAUAUCAAGGAUGGAACACCACAAUCAAAGAUCACAAUCACUUUAACCAAUAAAGGAUUAAAUUCACAUCCAGAUUGGGACGAUUUAAUUUCUGUGGAGCGAACCAUCAAUCAAUCAUCAUCAACCUAUGUAAUGAAGAGUAUCAAAGUGUCGGCAAACGGUCAUCAAACCGAACAUGUCAUUAGCAAGAAGAAAAGUGAUAUUGAUCGUAUUGUGAACCGAUUCAACAUCCAUCUGUCAAAUCCGGCAUUUUGGAUGAGUCAGGACAGAUCCAGGAGUUUUUUAGCCAACUUCAAGCCUUCCAACGUUUAUAAACUUUAUCUUCAGUCCACCAAUCUUGAAAAUAUCCGUCAAUCGUACGUUCGUUUCGCAGCCAUCAUUGAUGAGUGUUCUCAAAUUGUGGAGCGAAAAUCAGCAGAAGUUUCUAUUCAGCAAAGGAAAUUGAAACGAAUGCAAGAGCAGCGGGAGUUGCAAAUGAGAGUGGAAAGUGAUCGUGCACUCAUCGGAGUAUACGUCUGGAAGCUUAUUUUCUGCAAAGUUCGUGAUUUGGAGGAUGAAAUCAAACUGAAUAAAAAGAAGCAAGAAGUUCACAAUAAGUUGCACGAAGAGUGGAAAACCCAAUAUGCAACCAACCGUGCAGAAAGAAAUCAACUCGAAAAAGCUGUUCAAGACGUUUGUGAAGAUGCCGAGCUUCAGACCGAAGAGAUGGGUGAAGCGCAAAAACUACAAAAAGCGAAGACCGACGAAGUGAUGAAGUUUAAAGACGAGAUCAAAUCACUGGAGCAGCAGAAUAGGAGAAAGAAAGUUGAUAUUAACGGAUGCAAAGAUGCAAUUAGGGAAGCUGAAAACAAAUUGAAAUCAAUGGUGGCUAAACAAGGAAACGACGAGGUUAAAAAACAGUUGGAAAGGAAAAAUGAGGAGUAUCAAAGAAUCAGUAAGGAGGUGGAAAAAAUGGAGAUUGGUGGAGAAAAAGUGCAGCUGGAAGAAAGAGCAAAUUUUAUUGCGAGCGAUCUCAAUAAGAAAAGCAAGGAGAAACAUGAAACUCUAAAGGAAUAUCACAAACUUCAAACGGAAUUCACUAACCGACAAGAUAUGUUGCGUCGUGCCAAAGCCGCUAAGCAAAACUCUGUCAAUAAAUUCGGAAGCUCAAUGUCCCAAAUCUUGUCUGAAAUUGGAAAGAGAAGAGGAGAGUUCAAAGCGCUACCGAAAGGUCCAAUCGGAAAGUUCGUGACUCUUAAAGAUCCACAGUGGGCGUAUCCUGUGGAGCAGUGUCUCAAAAACGUCGCGAACAACUUUUUAUGUCACUCACAGUCGGAUUCCGCCGUCCUCCGAGAGAUUUUCACUCAUUUGAGACUUCCUAAAAACGAACGACCUACUAUUAUUGUGUCGGAAUUUUCUGGAAAACGUUAUUCGAAUCUUGUUGAGCCAAGUGACGAAUACCCAUCGAUGUACCGAGUGCUGCAAAUUUCAGAUCCGGAUGUAGAUAAUCUGAUAAUCGACAAGACCAGUUGCGAACAGUUUAUUCUUUUGAAGGAUAAAACUGAGGCUAUGAAUUUGAUGGGAAGUAAACAUCCGCCGAAGAAUGCCUCAAGAGCGUUCACAUCUGACGGUUCUCAGGCAUAUGCCAAUGGACCGAACAGUCAAUAUCGUUUCUAUGCUAAUAAUUCGCGAGACACAAGACCGUCCGGAUUAUUCCAACAAGUAAAUCUCGAUGAAGCUGCGCUGACAAAGGAAGUGAAAAACAUUGAGCAGGCAAAGAUGCAGAUAGACACCGAUGUGAAGCAGAUAGAAAAAGAAAUUCAAGCCCUGAGAAGAGAACAACAGUCUGCUGACAAGGAAGUGGAAGAAUUUGAAAGGAAACUCUCAAAUCUCCGAGGUCACGAAAUACGAACUCGCCGAAGCGUUGAGGAAUUACAAAACUCGAUUGCGAAUUCCUCUAAAGAAGAGCAAGUCACAAGUCUGUCCGAUUCGAUUGCGGAACUCAAAAGUAAACUUUCACAAAGCGAACAAGAAAUUCUUGAAAUCGAAGAGAAAAUGAAGGAAAUUGAAAAAGACAUGCAACCAUACGUAAAAGAAAGAGAAGAAUCUGCAAAGACGUAUGCUGAAUUGAAAAAGGAACUUGAGGAAUUGAACCGAACGAUUCUCAAAUUCCAUGAAGACAUGGCUGUUCUGGAUAAAAAGGGAGACGUUCUUCAACUUCGUCUAGAAAAACUGGCCGCUGAUGAACAAGUUUUGUACCACAGAGAAGCCAGACUGCUCACAGAAAGAGACUUCGCUGUGGAAAGUCUUGAAACAGAAAAGUUGACCACACCCAUGCCACCAACAGAGCAAGAUCCACCCGAUCUGACUGAUUUCCCAAUCUCUGACAAGGCAAAACUGAAAUUGGCUGAACUGCAUAAAAGUGUGGAACGAGCUUCAAAAGGAUGUGACAUGUCCAUCACCCACGAAACUGUCAAGGAUUUCAAGGAGACACUCAAGAUGCAUCGUUUCUUUUGUCGUCAGCUAGAAGAAGCCGUAGAAAGUCUCCGCGAAGUGCAUGCUGCCCGUUGUCGAGGUUAUGUUAGUUUGAAAACGUAUACCGAAAUGAAGGUCUGCGACAAAUUCCAAGAGCUUCUUGAAGUACGAGGACAUUUCAUCGGAGGCCUUGAAUUCGACCAUGACAAGGAAACACUCAAUGUUAAUGUGCAGUCGUGCAAAGAAAAAGAUUCCAUGGCUGACCGCCCGCCAGCGGAUGAUGAAGAUGAAGAAGAUGAAGAGGAGGAAGAGUUGGAAGAUGAUGAUAGCGAUGACGGUCAUGCACCACGAAGAAAGAAGGCCAAAAAGCAACCGAAAAAGAAGAAGAACCGUGACCUAAAAGGUUUAUCCGGCGGAGAGAGAUCAUUUGUAACAGCUGCACUGGUCAUGUCCCUUUGGGAGGUUAUGGAACAACCAUUCCGUAUGCUCGAUGAGUUUGAUGUCUUCAUGGAUAUGAUGAACAGAAAGCUUGUGAUGGAUCUUCUCGUCGAACUGGCAACAAAGAAGUUCCCGCACAAUCAAUUCAUUUUCUUCACUCCGCAAGGAAUCAAAGAGUUGAAGAUUGUUGAUGGUCUUCAAGUUUUCGAGAUGAACAAAGUGCGCGACUAG